AUGUCAGAGGCAGAUAUUAUGCAAAUGAUGAACAUGCUAAAGUCCGGAAUUAGCACUUCACAGAUAUUUUGUCUUCUAGCUAGUCAAGCAUGCGGGUAUGAAUGUGUCGGCUAUGGUCCUAGAGAUAUGUACAAUGAGAUUGCUUGGCAAAGGCGUCAAGUUCCUGGUGAUGCAGCACGAGCGUUGAAGAAGUUGGAGGAUAUGCGAUUGAAGGAUCCACCAUUAUAUUUCAAGGCAUGUCAUGAUUCAAGAGGUUUAUUACGUAACUUAUUCUGGUCUAAUGGGAUUAGCCAACUAGACUACCAACUCUUCGGGGAUGUAAUUGCUUUGGAUACUACGUACAAGAAGAACAAGUAUAGUUGUCCAUUAGUCAUAUUUAGUGAGGGUAAGACCCCGACCUCAAUAAUAACUGAUGGGGCCAUGGCGAUUAGGAAUACAGUAAAAGAUGUAUUUUCCGAAGUCAGACAUAGAUUAUGCGCUUGGUACCUUAUUCGAAAUGUGACUAGCAAUGUUGGAAAUCCAAAUUUUCCUUCUAAUUUCAAGAAAAUCAUGAUGGGAGACUACGAGAUUCCCGUGUUUAAGCGUAAGUGGGUUCAACUUAUUGAAGAAUUUGGCCUUGAGGAUAAUCCGUGGGUGAACAACAUGUAUGAAGAGAAGCAUAUAUGGGCUACUGCAUAUAUAAGAGAGCAUUUUCAAAGGUGUGUUGCACACUUGCGCUUUAAAGAAUUUAAUGCUGAUUAUGAAUCUACACGUGGGGCGCCCGUCAUACAGACUUGUAUAGAGCUGCUAGAGAGAUUUGCUGCUGAGACAAAGAAGGUGAAAUCAGCAUUCAAUGAUGCAAGUGGGUUCACCAGGGAUGCUGUUGUUAUUAGUCGUCAAAGUGCCUUGAUGGAAUUUUCUAAACAAUUGGCUUCUAUUGCUGCUAAAGUCCCAGAGAGAUUUGAAGAGACACGUGACAUUAUUAUGGGGUUGUACUCAUCUUACAAGGCCCAGGACAACCAUCUAAGAAGAAGCAGCAACGUUGUAGUGUUUAUCAAAUGGAAGGACAUUGACAACAACGUUAUGGAAGAUGAAGCUAAUGGUUUAGAUAAUGGCAACAUGUAUACCGAACCGACUCCUGAUUUAGAUAGUGAUAAUUAG